CGAGGACUCAGCUCGUUCACCAUUAAAACGAACAGUCGCCUUGAAAAAUCCUUUGGCACCACAGAGGUCAAUUGGGAGGCACUGAGUUAAUCUACGACACCACAUUUCGCAACACCUACAGUCAAUACAAUGGGUGCCACUCGUGCGCAGAAGGAACUCUACUUCCAGAAGCUCAAGGAGCUUGUUGCGAGGCACCCCUCCAUUUUUGUUGUCAAUGUCGACAAUGUUGGGUCCAACCAAAUGCAUCAGAUCCGUGUUGCUCUCCGUGGCAAGGGUGUCGUGGUCAUGGGCAAGAACACCAUGGUUCGCCGUGCCCUGCGUUCCAUCCUCGCCGAGUACCCCCAGUUCGAGAAGCUCCUUCCCCAUGUCAGGGGUAACAUCGGUUUUGUUUUCACCUCUCACGACCUCAAGGAGAUUCGUGACCUCAUUACCGCCAAUAAGGUCGCUGCUCCUGCCCGUGCUAACUCUUUCGCUCCCCUCGAUGUCACUAUUCCCGCCGGCAACACUGGUAUGGAACCGGGCAAAACCUCUUUCUUCCAAGCACUCGGUAUCCCCACGAAGAUCGCUCGUGGUACCAUUGAAAUCGUCUCCGAUGUCCAGGUCGUCUCUGCUGGUACCCGUGUCGGAGCUUCUGAGGCUACCCUGCUGAACUUGCUGAAUAUCUCUCCUUUUACUUACGGUAUGACUAUUGUCCAAAUCUUCGAUAACGGCAACGUCUUCGCUCCCAGCGUUCUUGACGUUUCUGAGAAGGAGCUUCUUGACCGUUUCUCGAGUGGUAUCCAGACCAUUGCCGCCAUCUCUUUGGCCCUCAAUUACCCCACCAUCGUAUCCGUCAUGCAUUCUCUCGUCAACUCCUACAAGAACCUGCUGGCGGUCUCGAUCGCCACCGACUACACCUUCGAGGGUUCAGAGAAGGUCAAGGAAUACCUCGACAACCCCGAGGCUUUCGCGGUCUCUGCCGCGCCUGUUGCUGAGACGGCUGCCACUGCUGAUACUGCCCCUGCUGCAGAGGAGAAGAAAGAAGAGGAGGAAGAGGAGGAUGACGACAUGUACAGAACACUAUACGAGUGAUGAGGCGCGGAUGAUAUAAACGAGAAAGAAACUUUAGUCGUCGAAGAGACCGAAGCCCUGUAAGCU